UCCAUUGCAGGUAAGUAGAGGUUAGAUCACCAGAACAUCACCUUAUUUUUUGCCUAUGCGUGAGCAAAUGUUGGUCUGCGCGUUCCAAGGAUUGACAAAUGAAAUGCAUUAUGCAGAGCAGAGUUGGUAGUGUUGAAAAAGAAAGUGCGGUCAUUGCGUUUACCAACUACCGCUGCCACAUGCAUAUCUGUUUCACAGAAGACAAAAAUGUUUAGGACACGUGUUAUGACAUUCCAAAAACUAUCGCGUUCCACUUCAGACUUGAAGCGCGAUUCCCUUGACCAACAGUUUCCAGGAUCAGGUUGGUGAUUGGCUUAACUUGUUUCUUAAUUUUGGCUCUUUGUCUUCUUCACCAUGCCUCCAAAACCCUUAGACUACGAGUCAAUAAAUGAAAAUGUGAAGAAGGCUCAAUAUGCUGUUAGAGGUGAAUUAUACCUUCGAGCUUCUGAGCUUCAAAAGGAAGGAAAGAAGAUUAUAUUCACAAAUGUUGGUAAUCCACACGCUCUGGGGCAGAGACCGCUGACUUUUCCUCGCCAGGUUGUUGCUUUGUGCCAGGCUCCGUUUCUCCUAGAUGAUCCUAAUGUGGACCUUCUGUUCCCUGCUGAUGCAAUUGCCAGAGCUAAGCAUUAUCUUUCAAUGACCCCGGGUGGUCUUGGUGCUUACAGUGACUCUAGAGGCAUACCAGCAAUAAGGAAAGAGGUGGCUGAGUUCAUACAAAGACGUGAUGGUUAUCCAAGUGAUCCAGAGCUCAUAUAUCUCACUGAUGGUGCCAGCAAGGCUGUGAUGCAGAUUUUACAAACCAUCAUCCGAGGCCCAGGGGAUGGGGUUUUGGUUCCUGUUCCACAAUAUCCACUCUACUCAGCAACAAUUGCUCUCUAUGGUGGUACGCUGGUACCGUACUAUCUUGAAGAGACAGCAAACUGGGGCCUUGAUAUUAAUGAAAUUCGCCAGUCAGUUUCUCAGGCUCGUUAUAGAGGAAUAACAGUAAGAGCAAUGGUGAUCAUAAAUCCCGGAAACCCUACUGGUCAAUGCCUUAGUGAAGCAAAUUUAAGAGAGGUUCUGCGUUACUGUUUUCAAGAAAAUCUAGUAUUGCUUGGAGAUGAGGUUUACCAGCAGAACAUAUAUCAAGAUGAACGACCGUUUAUCAGUGCUAAAAAGGUUUUGAUGGAUAUGGGGCCACCAAUAAGCAAGGAACUCCAGCUUGUUUCUUUUCACACAGUGUCAAAAGGAUAUUGGGGUGAAUGUGGACAGAGGGGUGGAUAUUUUGAGAUGACUAACAUUCCUCCAGAGACAGUUGAUGAGAUCUACAAAGUUGCGUCAAUCUCCCUCAGUCCAAAUGUUCCAGCACAGAUAUUUAUGGGGCUGAUGGUGAAUCCACCCAAACCUGGAGAUAUAACCUAUGAACAAUUUGUUAGGGAAAGCAAAGGAGUACUCGAAUCACUGAGGAGAAGAGCGAGAUUAAUGACUGAUGGAUUCAACAGCUGCAGGAACGUUGUAUGUAAUUUUACAGAAGGUGCUAUGUAUUCCUUCCCUCAAAUACGAUUGCCUUCCAGAGCAAUAGAGGCUGCUAAACAAGCUGGAAAGGCCCCUGAUGUUUUUUAUUGUCUCAAGCUUUUAGAAGCCACCGGCAUAUCCACUGUUCCUGGUUCAGGAUUUGGACAGAAAGAAGGGGCUUUCCAUUUGAGGACAACUAUUUUACCAGCUGAGGAAGACAUGCCUGCUAUUAUGGAUAGUUUCAAAAAAUUCAAUGAUGAGUUCAUGGAGCAAUAUGAAGACCAUAGAGGUUAUUCAAGGAUGUAAUCAGUUCACCUUGAGUUUAUAUUUGAUUCAUAUUUAUGUGUUUCUGUGAGCUGUCAAUCCCCACCCUUCAAAAGAAUCGUGGCAUCUUCUGCACAGAGAAUCUACCUUUCCUUUACUGGAGAUAACCAAUUCUGAAUGUCAACUUCAACUUUUAAAACUAGGGUUCUAGGCCAAACUCAACCUGACCUGGCCCAUGGACAUCAUUAUACGUAACAAUGGAAAAAUCCACAAAGACGGAGAAGAGUUUGCUUUUGAUUAAUGUGGAGCCUGAUUAUAACAAAUCAGUAUAUCAGUAUGCAAUAAACAGAAUGAUUCACCUUAAAUCCGUGAGAAGUAUGGAGAUUGUUUUACUACAGCUUCUUAUGUUUCCUAUGUAUUAUAAAGACAUUUGUGAAUAGUAUACAACUUGUUAAACAUACGGAUCCAUAACUUUCAAUCAUUAUAGUCAUGCAUCUAGAAAAUGGAAGGACAAAUUCCAGAGUUUCCCAGCA